AUGGACUUCGACGACCUUGACGAUGCGAUCGAACAGAGGAUUGCCGAAGGCGACACGGAGGCGUUGGCCAACCUCAGCGGCGUCACGACAGCAAAGAAGGAACUGAAAAAGUUCUCCGGAUCGCUGAAGGGCAUGCCUCGCAACAAGGGAUUUCCCCAGAUCGAUCAGAUCUACGCCCUCGGCACGCAAAUCAAGAUGAGAGCUUUCAUCUUCUACGGCCCGGGCGACCUCGCCGAGGAGUUCCGCUUCGCGCUCCUCGGCGUGCCGAAGUGGAUGGAAGUUGGCAUCUACGAGUGGCCAGGACAUGGCACUCGAGAGGGCGAGCCGUAUGCGGAGAACUUUGAGGCUUUGGCCAAGGACGCCCUCGACCACCUUACGCCGAUGCUGGACCAGGUGAAGGAGGGAGGUGAGUUCGAGGGUGCACCCUUUGCCUUCAUCGGCAAGUCGGUUGGUUGUCAGCUGCUCACUUGGCUUGCGAAGACAAUCCUGGUGAAGCAUGGGAUUGGCCCUUCCGCCGUGGUCGUCGUGGACCGCGCGCCGCCCCACAUCCCCUUGCUGAAUGAGCAUGGCCAGUCCGAACUGAAGUCGAACCCGGACAAGGUGGUCAAGGCCUUCAACUACGCGACCUUCGAGGAGGUGGACCGAAAGAUGUGGGCUAAGGACCUCAGCUACGCCAACGAGACGCUUGACGCCUUCUACCACAAGUUCGACUGCCCCGUCAUGGUCUUGAAAGGGCAGUUCGACCAAGCCAGCGAUGCCUUCGGAAAGAAGAAGAGCAAGUUCAAGGCUGUGACCGUGAAGAUCAAGGGCUCUGAGGAGACGAUCGACUUGCCCGCAGAGUCCGAGACCACCGUCAAGGAGAUGCUGUCAGCUGUGGACAAGAUGUUCAGCUACACGAGGGGUGCCAACCUCAAGUGCUUCUCCCCGGAUGGCCGCGAGAUCGCGCCCGACAGCACCGUUCCAGCUGUCAUCGUGGUCGAUGGCCUGAAGGACUUCCAGCACCCCCGCCACUCUUGGGAGCACCCGGUGGGCGUCAUUGGCGGCGGCUUCUAUGGCGUGAAGCUGGGCAUGGAGUACAUGCUGCACAGGAACGAGAACAUCGUGCUUUUCGAUCGCCACGCCCAGGCAGGGGGCGAUGCAUGGCACUGCUCAGCGACGAAGUACUCGCGAUGCCAGACGGACUUCGGAGCCUUCAACCCGUGGUGGGGUCACCAGUAUUGCUACAGCGGGGACAAGGGCUACGGCUCCAAUCCCAAGUCCGGAGGCCGUGCCAAGUUCAGUGCCUCGUUCGACGGCCCUGGCGCACCUAAGGGCGGCUCGGGUGCAGGCACUGGGGUGGACUACCACCCAGUCAGGGCACAGCUGCUGGACGCCAUGCGCUACUGCAUUGAGGAGUACGGCUUCACAAAGCACUGCAACUUUGAGACGGAGGUCUCUACCUUGAAGAUUGUCGGCGAUCCCGAAGCCGAAGACCGCUACUACGAGCUGGGCCUGACGAAGCUCGACAAGGCCAGCAUCGAGCUCGCGGGUGGAGGCUACGGCGGCUACGGCACCACCGGCGCCAUGCGCGCAGCCACCUCCACCGUCAAGGUCUCGCUUGUCUACCACUUCCCCGGUGCAUAUGACAUCAACCGCAUCGUCGACUAUCCUGGUGAGGACGAGUUCAUCGCGGGGGGUGGACAGAUCGGCUACGGCAUGGGCAACGGUCAGGGCGGGCUCUUCACGUGGGACGACGGCCGCAUGAAGGACGCGCGAGCCGCGAUCUUGGGCAAUGGCGCCUUCGCGGUGGAGAACGUCCGGAGCUGCGUGGAGAAUGCCGCUGCCAAGGUCUACAUCAUCACUCGGCGGAAGAGCCUGCUUUGCCCGCGCCUGCCGUGUUGGUUCUGCCACCAGGGCCCAGACCCAACACCAGCCUGGCAGCUGCUGAACCAGUUCAAGCCGAUGUACGCAUGCGCAGGCAUCGAGGACCCCUUCAAGUUCUAUGCCGUGGCUUGGCUUUCUUCUGGCUGGUGUGUGGGUAGUGGCGAGGCGGACUGCCAGAUCAAGCAGAGCAGUCGCUUCGGCAUUGGCGAUGUCACCUUCCUCGCGCACGCCUAUGGUCUUCUAGAGUACCGUGUGGACACCCUGGCGAGAUGCAGCGCCAAGACCUUGCAUCUAUCCGGUGGGGAGAAGCUGGAGAACAUGGACCACAUUUGCAAGGCACUGGGACUCAUCGGCGACCCGAGGGUCGACAAGCUCCAUGCCAUGACCCACAAGGUGGGGAACAUGAUCAACGGCGACUUCCGACGGGUCAUGACCGCCGAUGCUACCGGCAUGGACGCCAAGCGCUUCACCACGUUCUCUGCUGGCCCUGGCGCUUGCGGCUUCGUAAAGCAGUGGUACUACAUGCACAAUCACCCCUGGGAGUUCAGGGAGGCGGUCGCGCAAGGCAUGAUGAAGCUGCUGCCUGUGCACAAGAAGAGCGACACACAGCCGGACCAGCCCGUGUACAUGACCAACGUUCAGUACGAGAUGUGGGCUGGCGGCGUGUUUGGAAGCUAUUUCCCAAAUGCAGGCCGCGCUUUCGGCGACGAGGCGUCUUACAAGUACUCUCUAAUCCACACGAUGCACCCGGUGCACAAGUUCUACGAGUACUGCAAGGCGGACUGGGAUAGGUACCAGAAGAUGUUCCAGGAAAACUGCAAGGGCUGUGCGGACAAGAACGUGCCAUAUCCCUACACUUUGGACCACGUCAAAAGUUGGUUUGACGAGUACAACACGAAGUUGAACUGUCAGACAUCGAUGGAAGGCCCCAGCGAGUCAUUCAGAAAGAGCACCAUCGACGUGUUCCAAAGGAGCGACGUGGCGCUUCAGCGCGAGCUCAUUCCCAAUUUGGUGAAGGAGUUCAAGCUGGUCAAAGCGAAAGACGGGGAAGAUCCCUACACCCAAGUGCAGGCCAACAAGGUCUACGAGUUGAAAAAGCCGCUCACAUCCUCCAACGCCGACUCAUGCAUGAACUUCGACGAGCAGCAAACAAGUCUGUGGAAGGAUCUGGUCGCGGAUGGCUUCACGUGCCACAUGGAGGAAGUGCCUUGCAGCUCAGCCGGCGCGUUGCAGGUGAAUCUGGCCGGCUACACCCGCACUGGCGGCAUACAGCAGCUGAGGGCCGCAGGAUACACGGCCGAGGAGCUCCGCGGCGGCGGCUACACGGCACAGGAGGUCAAGAAGGCCGGCUACACCUUCCAGCAGCUGCGGACGGGCGGCUACACCGCGGAGCAGCUCCGGCACUGCGGCUUCAAGGUGGAGCAACUGCGGGCGGGAGGCUACACGACGAACCAGCUGCGCGCUGGCGGCUUCACCGCCCAGGAGGUCUCCACCUUUAAAGUCUGA